UCUAUUGCUGCCUACUUGAUUGCCGGCGAACCGACUGCUUGAGUGGUCAAUUCUAAGAACAGAAGGCCAUAGGGCCAGGACUGCUCUCGUGUAACCAGCAUGGCCUCAUCCCUUCGGAUCCGCGUCGAAGGCACGACCUUCCGAGACCCCAAAAAUCGCGAGGUAACUCUUCGCGGAAUCAAUGUCGCGGGGGACGCGAAACUCCCUGCACACCCCGACAUUCCCUCUCACGUGCGCGAGAAGUUCUUCGAUGGCGAUAAUGUAUCAUUCGUGGAUCGACCCUUCCCCGUGUCUCAAGCCCAUUCGCAUUUCGCCCGGCUGAGACGAUGGGGAUACAAUUGCAUCCGUUACAUCUUCACCUGGGAGGCUCUCGAGCAUGCUGGUCCCGGCAAAUACGACGAAGAAUUCAUUGCCCAUACCAUUGAGGUACUCAGGAUCGCCAAGCAAUACGGCUUCUACGUCUUCAUGGACCCGCACCAGGAUGUAUGGUCUCGAUUCACUGGUGGCUCAGGCGCGCCCAUGUGGACGCUGUAUGCCGCUGGCUUUGACCCCACGAAAUUCACCUCCACACAAGCAGCUAUUGUGCAAAAUACUUGGCCAAAUCCACUGGAAUUUCCAAAAAUGUGCUGGGCUACCAACUAUCAGCGGCUGGUAACCCAGACAAUGAACACCCUCUUCUUCGCCGGCCGAGAUUUCGCGCCGAAAUGUGUAAUCGAUGGCAAAAAUAUCCAGGACUACCUCCAAGGUCAUUUCAUCGCUGCCUGUCAACAUCUGGCUCAACGUAUUCACGAUGCUGGCGAUCUCGAACACGAUGUCGUCAUCGGGUACGAGAGUAUGAACGAGCCGAGCAGGGGCUAUGUCGGUCAUCCUGAUCUCAGAGUAAUUCCCAAAGACCAGAACCUGCGCAAGCUGACGACACCCACCGGUUGGCAAUCGAUGCUCACGGGAUCUGGCCGUGCUGUGGAAGUCGAGACUUGGGAUUUCGGCAGUCUUGGCCCAUAUAAAAGCGGCACGGAGCUAGUAGAUCCCGGCGGAGAGAGCGCAUGGCUCGAUCCAUCUUCCUGGGACGACGAGAAAUAUGGCUGGAAACGAGAUGCGGGAUGGAAGCUGGGGCAGUGUAUAUGGGCUCAGCAUGGAGUGUGGGAUCCCGCAAACGACGAACUCCUGCAGCCUUUUUAUUUUGCAAAGCACCCGAAGACACGCAAAAAACUCGACUACGAGUAUUGGAACAACCACUACUUCAUGGACCAUUACCGCGCCUAUGCACAAGCCAUACGCUCUGUGUGGAGCGAGAGUAUUAUGUUCAUUCAGCCUUCGCCUUACGAGAUACCUCCCAGCACCCGCGGAACCAGAGACGAUGACGACAAUACCGUCUUCGCCAGCCACUUCUACGACGGCAUCACGUUGUUGACGAAGCAUUGGAACCGUGUCUGGAAUAUCGAUGUCAUUGGCGUUAUGCGAGGGAAAUAUUUGACCCCCGCCUUCGCGAUCAAGCUUGGAGAGACCGCCAUCCGCAAUUGCUUCAAAGAUCAGCUGAGUGUGAUGCGGAAUGAAGCGAUGGACCUAAUGGGGCCUCGACCCUGCAUCUUCACGGAGAUUGGCAUCCCUUACGAUAUGGAUGACAAGAAGGCUUAUUCGACCGGGAAUUACGGCAGCCAAAUCGCAGCAACCGAUGCAAACGGAUACGCCCUCGAGGGAAGUGGCGCGCAAGGCUUUACUUGGUGGGUCUACACCGCGACAAGCAACCAUGCCUUGGGCGAUAACUGGAAUGGAGAGGAUCUGAGCAUCUACUGCGAAGAAGAUCGACCUUUACCGCCCGCUGGCUACGUCGUAGGUGCAGAUGGCAACACCGGCAAACUCAGUCUCGACCCGGCGAGUCCGAGCUACUCGGAAAGCCAGAGUGACCGCAGUGCGACCAUUGGGCCCGGCAGCUUGAAGAAGACGCUUUCGGUAAACCAGAUGGUGCGGAAUCCCUCAUACUCUGUCCAGGCAGACGAGCAGCCCGGAUUCCGGGCUGCUGAAGCAUUUGUGAGGCCGUCUCCAGUCUACACACAUGGGACUGUCGACAGUUACGGCUUCGAUCUCAAGAACUGCGCGUUCACCCUGUCUCUCACAUCACCCUCACCUACGCCUCAAGACUACCCGACCGAGAUCAUCCUUCCAGAGUUCCACUUCCCACAGCAGUACACCAGCGUGGACGCCACGGGCGGAAAAUGGAAGAUUGAGGUGGAGGAGAAGGCAGAGGGCGCGCGACAGCAGGUGUUCAAGUGGUGGCAUGGGGAGGGUGAGCAGAAAGUGACUAUCAAGGGGGUGAAGAGAAAGAAUGGGGCUUUUGUGAGCAAGGAGGAGGAUGAGAGUUACAUGGAGGCGUACUGGGCAAUGGGCAAAAAUUGUGCUGUCAUGUAGAUACGAAUAUCACGAGGUGAGCACGGUAUAUGGGCGGAAUCUUAAUGGUUAAGAAAUCGA